AUGUCGUCAAUCAUAACUUCCCUCAAAGACCUCGUAGCCUCUAUGUUCGAGGUCAUAUUCUCCGUAUUCAACGGCGCGAUCGAUAUGGUAUCCGGUCUUAUCAUGGGCCUUGUCAACUCUGUCAUUGGUAUCGUCAAAAUGGCCUUGCAUACAGUGGGAAACUUUUUGGAAGCUGCAGGUGGCGUGGGCAAAUUCGUUGCCAGCAAUAUUGUUAUUAUCGCACUCAUCGCGGGUGGGGUAUACGGUUACCUGCAGUAUCAAGCUCGCCGAGGCCGUCCCGUUAAGGUGGGACAUAAGAAAUUGAAUUAG